GAAGAUCUGUCUUAUCCGCGUGUACAGUAUACAUUUGACGCGGUUUGAGGUUGUAUUUUUUUCAUCGUUUCAAAAUUCGGAACGGGAUUUUCUUGGAGUGGAUGUGUGUUUAAAUCACCUUAUGGAAUUAUGCCUGCACCAACGAGGACGUCUAUUGUUUCAUGUCUGGUGCUUGUGCUGCUGGAGUGUUGCUGGAAAGCGGAGGCUGCUCAGCUCUCGUAUUCAGUAUCGGAGGAACUGAACUCGGGGACUUCAGUAGGAAAUAUCGCUAAGGAUCUAAACCUCAGCCUUCAGGAUUUGGAAUCCCGUAUGUUUCAGAUUGUUACCGGAUCCAAAAGAAAAUAUUUCGAGGUAAAUGUAAAAACUGGUGUUCUCUACGUUAACGAGAGAAUAGACAGAGAGGAGCUGUGUGCGAAGGAACCAAAAUGCACAGUCAGUGUAGAAGCGGUGAUAAACAAUCCUCUGAAGCUGUAUCGCUUAGAUAUAAAUAUACUAGAUGUUAACGACAACGACCCGUUAUUCACGGAAAAAUCACAAACUAUAGACAUAGCAGAGAAUACUCUGCCUGGGAUGAAAUUCGCUUUGUCAGAGGCCAUCGAUGCAGAUGUAGGUAAGAAUACUGUUAAUGCGUUUAAAUUAACACCAAAUGAAUAUUUUUCUCUGGCUACAAUCAAAGGAGGAGAAAGUGUGUCUGCAGAGUUAGUUUUACAGAAAACGCUGGAUAGAGAGAAACAGCCUGUGAUACACCUCACAGUGACUGCUAUAGAUGGAGGGACUCCGCCAAGAUCUGGCACUUCACAGGUCAUUAUUCACGUCUUAGACAUAAAUGAUAACCCUCCAGUGUUUAACAGUCCCUUGUACAAAACUAGUAUAUUUGAAAACACGCCAAUCGGGACAACUGUGAUUACACUAAAUGCAUCCGACGCAGACGAGGGGACAAACGGUGAGAUAAUGUAUUCAUUAAGAAGCAAAGGGCAGGAUCGGAUAUUAGAGAUUUUUCAGAUUGAUCCCACAACGGGUGCAAUAAGCAUCAAAGCUAAUGUCGAUUAUGAGGAAAACAAAGCUUUUGAGAUCCGUGCAGAAGCAAACGAUAAAGCUCAGCCACCAAUGUCUGCUCACUGCAAAGUGCUGGUAGAAGUAAUUGAUGUAAAUGACAAUGCCCCCGAGAUUACUGUGACGUCAUUGUUAAAUACAGUGAAGGAGGACGCUGAUGUGGGUACUGCUAUCGCAUUUGUGUCAUUUGUCGACAACGAUGGUGGCAAAAACGGCGAAGUGAAAUGUAAGAUUUUGAAUAAGGUUCCUUUUAAACUAGAGACAAAUUACAAAAAUUAUUAUUCUCUAGUUGUUGACGGGCCUCUUGACAGAGAAAUAACCUCCGACUAUAACGUCACAAUUUCGGCUACUGAUGAAGGGAGUCCUCCUCUCUCCAACACUAGUGUUAUUACUGUUCAUGUUUCUGAUGUAAAUGACAACCCGCCUCGUUUCUCAGAACCAGUGGUUAAUAUUUACGUGAAAGAAAACAGUAAAGUUGGGGUAAUUAUUAAAACGUUAUCUGCAUCUGAUGCUGACAUCGAUAAGAAUGGCCAGGUUAGAUAUUCAAUUUUAGACAGUAAAAGUAACUCUGUGUCUGUGUCUACGAUGGUGAACAUCAACUCAGAGACUGGAGAUAUAGUCAGCCUGCAGUCUUUUAAC